UGUUUUCUUUUUCUUCUUCAGAAUCUAACGCAAGAAGCUUGCGUAUUUCCUACUUCUGGUCAAUGGGUGAGGAUAUCCGUGCAAAUGUAACGAUCGGAGCGUCGGUGAUUCCGGUUAUCAACAAGCUGCAAGACAUUCUCGCUACAGUAGGUGGCGAAUUGUCGAAGAUAUCCCUGCCGCAGGUGGUGGUCGUCGGGAGCCAGAGCAGUGGCAAGUCAAGUGUGCUCGAGGCGUUGGUCGGCCGUGACUUCCUGCCCCGUGGAUGUGAUAUUUGUACUCGGAGACCCUUGGUUUUGAUGCUGGAGAACAGGGCUCGGACGCCGGAGGAUGAUGGGAGGGAGUGGGGUGAGUUCCGCCACUUGCCGGGGAGGCGGUUCCAUGAUUUUUCCAAAAUUCGCAAAGAAAUUCAGGCUGAGACUGAAAAAGAAGCAGGUUUUAACAAAGGGGUUUCAGAUAAACAUAUUCGGUUAAAAAUAUCUUCCCCAAAUGUCCUUAACAUGACCCUUGUUGACUUACCUGGCAUUACUAAGGUUCCUGUGGGGGAUCAACCCAGUGAUAUAGAAGCUAGAAUUAGGAGAAUGAUAAUGUCCCAUAUCACGCAAGAAAACUGUAUCAUAUUGGCAGUUAGUCCUGCAAAUUCUGAUUUGGCUACUUCUGAUGCACUGCAGAUAGCAAAAGAGGCUGACCCAACUGGUUCUCGGACGAUUGGUGUAAUCACCAAGCUUGAUAUUAUGGACAGGGGUACUAAUGCCUGUAACUUUCUGCUUGGAAAAGUUGUUCCACUUAGACUUGGUUAUGUUGGUGUUGUCAAUCGCAGUCAGGAGGAUAUCAAUAAAGAGCGAGGCAUUCAAGAAGCACUUGCAUAUGAGGAGCAGUUCUUCCGUGAUCAUCCUGUGUAUAAUGGUCUCUCAGACCGAUGUGGUAUUCCCCAAUUAGCAAAGAAGCUGAAUCAGAUCCUGGAGCAGCAUAUCAGAACAGCCCUCCCGAGUUUGAAGGCUGAGCUAAAUUCAUAUAUGGCAUUAGUUGCAAGAGAUCUGAAGGUGUAUGGUGAAGUUGUGCAAUCUGAAGCAGAACAAGGAAUGAUGCUAUUGAACAUUAUUAAAAGAUACUGUGAAGAUUUUUCUGCUAUGGUGGAUGGAAAAGGUCAGGAAAUAUUGACUUCACAGUUGUAUGGGGGAGCUAGGAUCCACUAUAUUUUUCAGUCAAUAUUUGUGAAGACAUUGGAGGAUAUAGAUCCUUGUGAAGAUCUAACUGGUGAGGAUAUUCAAAUUGCCAUUCAAAAUGCCACUGGUCCAAGAAGUGCCAUAUUUGGGCCAGAAGUUCCAUUUGAAGUCUUGGUUAGAAGACAAAUUUCUCAAUUGUUAGACCCUUGUCUUCAGUGUCUCCAAUUUGUUUAUGAUGAACUGAUAAAGAUGAGUCGUACUUGUGAGUCAACUGACUUGCAGAGGUUUCCAUUUUUACAAAAGCAUUUAAAGGAAGUUGCUGGGAAGUUCUUACGUGAUGCUGUUAGGCCUGCUGAGAGAAUGAUAGAGAACCUGAUUGAGAUGGAGAUGGGUUAUAUAAAUUCUUCACAUCCACAAUUUAUAAGUGGGAGUAAAGCUGUUGAGCUUGCCAUGCAUCAGAUAAAAUCAUCACAGGAGAAUAAGGAUGUUGAAAGGGUACCUACAACUGAGAAGGGCCAAAAAUCUUGGACUGGUCGUGGUAGAUCGGUUGUGAAUUCUGUUCCUAACCACGUAUUGGGAAAUCAUUCUCACUCAAAUAAUGAUAGACCUAAAUCAGCUGGUAGUAGUUCAUCUGCAAGAACUUGGGGAAUUCCAUCAAUUUUUGGAAGCAAGGCAUCAUCUGAUGAGAGUCAAUUGGACAAAUCUCCUGGAGAAACCCCUCAUGAUGUUCAGAGGACACCAGCAACAGUCCAACUAAUGGAGCCUCCAUCCAUUUUGAGGCCUCCUGAAAUAACGGAGAAUGAAACAGUGGAAAUGGUUGCAACCAAAAUACUCUUGCAAUCCUACUUCGACGUUGUCCGCAAAAACAUUGAAGACUUGGUUCCAAAGGCUAUCAUGCACUUUCUGGUCAAUCCUGCAAAAACGAGCCUCCAUAACACUUUUAUACAGAAAUUAUACAGGCAGGACCUCUUCGAAGUGCUGUUGCAGGAGCAAGAUGAGGUUGCUGCAAAGAGAAAACGUGCUAGAGAAAUGUUCCUUGUUUUGCAACAAACUGUUCAGACAAUUGAUGAAGUUGAAUCAGACAUGGUGUCCCAGAGUGAGAAUGCAAGCUCAACCGUUGAUAUCAACACUGGGUUACCAAGGAUUCUGGAGAUUUCGUCUGGUUCUACCCAGUUGCCAAUGGUAUACAUUAGUACAGUCACAUGAUACCGCUGAAUCCAGUAACAUGCAUUGAGCAGAUUGUAUCCGAGAGUUAUUGCCUGUAAAUUUCUCAAAUUUUGUGACUUGAGUUACAAUCAAGUUUUUAUUGACGAAGAUGGUUCAUCUUUUCUACGAUUUUUUCCCCUUCGUUGGUUACGAAGUAGGCUACAGUUGCAGCUAUAUGCCGACAUCUUCGUUUCUGAAUUUGAACAGGGGAGACAAAUAGUUGCACAUUCUGAAAACCCUCUAACAAUAAGAUAAAACUACAAGG